GGCUGGCCCACGGCCAUCGCCACACUCUGAGCAAAGAAGGGGUCAGGACGACUUCAUCUGCAAAUCAGUUUUGAUUUUGCUCACGGAUGCAAUACCCUGUCACCGAAGGAGCUCCCCAGUUCUGCAACAGUAUCAUGCAUGCAGUGGGAGAAAUUUUCCAAGAGAGACGUUUUGCUGGUCCCUCGCUCCCUGCACCGCGUCAAAGGSACAUCCUGACAAGACCUUUUCUUCCUGAUUAAUGUCCGAGUUACAACAAUGGACGCGGAGUUGGAGUUUGCCAUCCUGCCAAGCACGACUGGCAAACAGCUUUUUGACCAGGUGGUGAAGACGAUCGGACUGAGGGAAACAUGGUUCUUCGGCCUUCAGUAUCAGGACAGCAAAGCCUUCUCCACCUGGCUCAAGAUGAACAAGAGAGUGACGGCUCAAGAUGUGAAGAAGAACAACCCCCUGCUGAUUAAGUUCAGGGCCAGGUUUUACCCGGAGGAGGUAGCCGAGGAGCUGAUCCAGGAGGCGACGCAGCGCCUCUUCUUCCUGCAGGUGAAGGAGAGCAUCCUGAACGACGACAUAUACUGCCCGCCUGAGACUGCAGUGCUACUGGCGUCGUAUGCAGUGCAAGUCAAACACGGAGACUACAGCAAAGAUUAUCACGUACCGGGAUACCUCACCAAAGAGAAGUUGCUGCCUCAGAGGGUUUUGGAGCAGCACAAGCUGAAUAAGAAUCAGUGGGAGGAAAGAAUCCAGGUGUGGCAUCAAGAGCACAAGGGAAUGCUGAGGGAGGACGCAAUGCUGGAGUAUCUGAAGAUAGCCCAGGACCUGGAGAUGUACGGGGUCAACUACUUCAACAUCAAGAACAAGAAAGGGUCCGAGCUGUGGCUGGGAGUGGACGCGCUGGGGCUGAACAUUUAUGACAAGAAAGACAAGAUGACCCCAAAGAUCGGCUUCCCCUGGAGUGAGAUAAGAAACAUCUCAUUCAACGACAAGAAAUUUGUCAUCAAGCCUAUUGACAAGAAAGCCCCGGACUUUGUUUUCUAUGUACCUCGUCUCCGCAUCAACAAACGCAUCCUGGCAUUGUGCAUGGGAAAUCAUGACCUGUACAUGCGCAGACGCAAACCCGACACCAUCGAGGUGCAGCAGAUGAAGGCCCAGGCCAGGGAGGAGAAGAACAAGAGGCAAAUGGAGCGGGCUCUGCUCGAGAGCGAGAAAAAGAAGCGAGAAAACGCCGAGAAGGAAACGGAGAAGAUUGCCCGUGAGACCAUGGAGCUGAUGGAACGAUUGAGACAGAUUGAAGAGCAGACAAAGAGAGCUCAAGACGAGCUGGAAGAGCAGACCCGCAGAGCCCUGGAGUUGGAAAAGGAGAGAACAAUCGCUCAGGAGGAGGCAGAGCGUCUGGACAAMGACCGCAGAGCUGCAGUGGAGGCGAAAGCGGCCCUGCUGCACCAUUCCGAGACCCAGAUCAAGAGCCAGGAAGGCCUGGCCACUGAGCUGGCUGAGCUCACCACUAAGAUCUCCCAGCUGGAAGAAGCUAAGAAGAAAAAGGACGAGGAGGCGCAGCAAUGGCAGAAAAGGGCCUUGAUGGUAGAAGCUGAUUUGGAGCGAACCAAAGACGAGCUGAAGACUAAACUAAUGGGUGUCCAACUCCAGAACUCUGUUCACCCCCACAUGCACGAGCACGACGAGACGGACGAGAGCAGCGCAGAGGCGAGCGCCGAGCUGACCGCCCCCGGCACGGUCCGCGACCGCAGUGAGGAGGAGAGGGUGACGGAGGCGCAGAAGAACCAGAGGCUGCAGAAGAACCUGAAGUUCCUGAGCAUCGAGCUGGCCAGCGCCGUAGACGAGAGCAAGAAGACCCCCAAUGACCUGAUCCACGCUGAGAACGUGAGGGCAGGCCGUGACAAAUACAAGACCCUGCGUCAGAUUCGCCAGGGCAACACGAAGCAGCGCAUCGACGAGUUCGAGUCCAUGUAAGACGGCGAAGGCUCAGAGCUGCGCUAAACAGCGAGGACGAAGUGGAGGUUUUAGAUGAGUAGAGGCUGAUUAUUACCCAGGAAAACGUCUCGAUGUAACCGAAUGUGACAGAAAAAUAAUUUAUCACGCUGUGAGUUCUUUGGCAUCAUCUUUUUUUUUUUUUUUUUUUUUUUUUGAAAAUAACAAACUGCCCCCUGAAAGCACGUCUCAAGUUCCACCCAGUAGUUGGAAACUUGUAUCUUUCUCGCCCUUUGUUCCCCCCCCUGAUGUCCCGGACAGUCUGAUUACACACACACACACACACACACACACACACACACACAGCUGCCAUUUUUAAACGACAGUCCUUGUGAAACAUUUCCCUGCCGCCGACGGAUUGGGAAAGAUUUGAGCCGCUUUGCAGGUACUCCAUGUUACACUUGUUGUCUGCCUUAAGAUGAUUAAGAAAAAAAAAAUGCCCCAAAAGCAAAUAUCAGUACUACUCCGUUUUCUGUGUUGUUUCCAUACGAAUGAGUGAGCGAACAUCACCUUCAAUGUGCCUAACGAGGCAUAUAGUCGCCAAUUAUAACUUUUGCCAUUCAUGUACACAAAACACCGAGUUCCCAGCAUCAUCUCCUCAUCACUGCACUUAGUUUUAUUACCCAGUCUUGCAAAAAUGAAUGUUUGAAUUCAAAUCAAAUAUUUGGAGCAGUUCUGUUGGGUCUUUAUUCCCUCCCCCCCURCCCCCACCUCUAAUGAAUGAAAAUACAAAGGUACAUUAUUAGGCUAUAUUUGUGUGGUUUACCGUUAAUAAUUGUUUUAAACAUGAAUGAAUUGUUCACACUUGUAAGCUUGUCAUAAUUAGAGAAUAAAGAGAGAGUGCACCCUGGAUACAUGUCAGUUUAUAUUUCAAUGUGGUUGAGUUUUUUUGUUUUUUAUUUACCGUGGGUGAAUAAAAAUUUGAAGUGUG